AAUAUGGAGCAGUGUGCUGUUAAUCCUCGUUAGGAUUAGCUAAAGCCUCGGACACAGUGGAAAAGGGCUCAGAAUACCAUGGCAACAGUAAGAAUGGGGGAAAACGUGAAUGGACCACCGGAGCGACGACUCCUGCUCGAGCUGCUCUGAAGGCGACGCUCGUUUUGUCGCAGAUUAAUAUUCCGUUUGCGCCUCUCCGCCUGCUGGACGCACCGAUGCGCCGUCAGUGCGCGUCAUGAGACCGUGGACGGAGGUUAUAUUUAGGCUGAGAGAGAAAAUAGCGGUGUUGGGUGAUUCCUCUGAAUGGCUGCUUGUUGGCUUUUGUCAAGGACCUGCUGCUGGAGAGCGAAGCGCAGAGCAGAGCAGAGGAGAGGAGAGGAGGGGGAUGGACGCUGCGCACAAAUACCAAAAUAGGACCGAGCUGCCUGCCACCGUCCUCCGUGAGCUAAAUUGAGGUUUCAUAUGUUUGGGAGAAGAGAGAGGACACGACGGAGUGUCAGCGUGGAAUAACACGGGUCAUCCGUUUGAAUAGGAUGAGAGAUCACCAUGUCACAUAAACAAACCGACAUCUACACCUAUGACUUCUGUGAUGGAGACCACCCGGCAGAGCUCCUGGAUGCUCUCAGGCAUUUCUAUAUGAGCGGCCUGUUUACAGAUGUGGCUCUGCAGUGUGGCGAGUCCGGCCAGGUGUUCAACUGCCACAGAGCUCUGCUGGCAGCCCGCAGCUCCUACUUCAAAGUCAUGUUCACAGCUGACAUGAGGGAGAGGUCGAACAGCGUCAUCAAGCUGACCGGGGUGGAUGGCGGGGUGCUGGGGGCUCUGGUGGACUACGUCUACACAGCCCAGGUGUGCAUCACAGAGAGCAACGUGCAGAGUCUGCUGGAGGCCGCGGAUCUGCUGCAGUUCGUCUCUGUCAAGCAGGCGUGCGAGGAGUUCCUGGUUCGCCUCCUGGAUGUGGAUAACUGCCUGGGCAUGCACACCUUCGCUCAGCUGCACCUGUGUCCGGGGCUGGAGAGGGAGGCCCGCAGAGUGAUGCUGAGCAGGUUCGCUGAGCUCAUCCAGCAGGACGAGUUCUUAGAGCUGGACCAGGAGAAGAUGAGGUCUGUGUUGGCUGCUCAGAGUCUCACUGUGCAGAGAGAUGAAGUGCUGAUAGACGCAUUAGCAACAUGGGUAAGCCACGACUUGGACAGCCGCAUUCACCGUGUUCCUGACCUGCUGCGCUCCAUCCACCUGGAUCUGGAUGAGGUUUACUUCAAGGCUACAUUAGAGGUGCACAGACAGUACCUGAUGAACAAUGAUGGGAAGCUAAAAUCAAUGAUCAUUCAGGCGUUAAGGUCCAACGGGAAAGAGAUUCCUGCAAGCAGAAAAAUGUCUUCCAGCAUGUACAUCAUUGGAGGUUACUACUGGCACCCUCUUUGUGAAGUUCACAUCUGGGAUCCUAUCAGCAACACCUGGGUGCAGGGAAAAGACAUGCCAGACCCCGCCAGAGAGAGCUACAGCGUCAGCCUACUGGGGGCAAAUAUCUAUGUGACCGGUGGUUACAGGUCCAACACCGUCGAGGCCCUGGACGCUGUUUCCAUCUAUAACUGUGAUUAUGAUGAAUGGACCGAGGGCUGCCCCAUGAUCAUGGCCAGGUACUACCACUGCUCUGUGGCUCUACACGGCUGCAUUUAUGCCAUCGGAGGCUACAGAGGAGGAGCUCCAGAGAGAGAGACUGAGUUUUACGAUCCUUUAAAAAAGAAAUGGUUCCCGGUGGCCCAAAUGAUCCAAGGUGUAGGAAAUGCCACUGCCUGUGUGAUGGGAGAUAAAAUCUAUGUGACUGGAGGUCACUAUGGUUACAGAGGAAGCUGCACCUAUGAAAAAAUCCAGGUUUACAGACCAGAUAUCAACGAGUGGAGCAUCAUUACAAUAAGCCCCCAUCCAGAGUACGGACUGUGUUCCGUGUCUCUCAACAACAAGCUGUACUUGGUGGGCGGACAGACGACUAUUGCCGACUGCUACGACACGGAGAGAGACGAAUGGAGGGCCAUAUCAGUGAUGAAGGAGAGGAGGAUGGAGUGUGGAGCCGUGGUGAUAAAUGGUUGUAUUUAUGUGACAGGUGGAUACUCCUACUCGAAAGGAACUUACCUGCAAAGCAUCGAGAAGUACGACCCUGAGCUGGACUCAUGGGAGAUUGUGGGGACUCUUCCCAGCCCGACCAGAUCUCAUGGAUGUAUCUGUGUUCAUAGUGUCCAGUGACAAAUCUUUUUGUUUAUCAGGCCAAAUGGCUCAGAUGGUGACUGGUCUUCACUAAAGUGUGCAAAUGUUGGUGCACUAUCGAGCAAUAAGUAGAGCUGCACUGGAUAUAUGCGUUUAGGGAGCUAUUUGCCAAACUGUAAAUGCACUGACGAGCAAGCAUUACAACUCAGGGGCUUUGUAAUAAGCAUUUUUAGUAGACUUUUUAAUUUUUAAACAGCCACAAGGUUGCUGGCGACCUAUUUAGGUUUGAUUUAGCCACAUGCUAAACAGGCACAUUUUCAGAAAGUAGAAGACGUUUCCUUUCAGAUUAAGUGUCACACUUGUAACUCUGUCUUAGAUUUCUUCUGUUAUAAGCUUGUCCAAAUGCCAAAAAUUCCAUGAAAGAGGUUGAUGUUAAGAGGUUCGAAAGAGAUUGAAGAUGAAUGUAUUUGAGUGUUAUUCACAUCCACAUGAUAAAUGUAUACACAUAUGUAUAUUCAUUAGUAGAGGUAUACCGCUAGGGUGAAACUAAAUAAAUAAAUCACUACAAUAGUUAUGUGA